AUGAGCUCUACUAAGCCCGCUUCAAGCAGCGCAACCACAAAGACCAAAGCGAAGCUAAAUGUGCACAGCUUUCCUAGACCUCCCCUGUGCGAGCGAACCGAUCGGGCACUCUUGAUCAAAUGGGGUGACGAGAUUGUCGCUCAAACAAAGCCAGGCGAGGCGUAUUGGGUCCUGGAAACAACCCAUCCACCAACCUACUAUCUCCCACAGACCACUCUCAACACAUCUGCUGUUACUUUGUCUACAAUUUCAGGCUACAAGACUAUGUGUGAGUGGAAGGGACAGGCUACUUACCACAACUUAAGCUUGACGUCCGGCUCGGAAACUGUCAAAGGCAAAAUAUGGUCUUACGCCUCGCCGACCCCUCGCUUCAAGGAGAUCAAGGACUAUCUGUGCUUCUAUGCCAAUGGUGUUCCUUGGACCUGUUAUGUUGAUGGUGAGAAGGUGAAGCCACAAGAAGGUGAUUUCUAUGGUGGCUGGGUUACCUCAGAACUCGAAGGACCAAUGAAAGGUGGUCCUGGAACCUGGGGAUGGUAA